AAGUGAGACACUGGAGCUGAGGGAGCAUCAUGGCAGUGUUUCUAGAGGCAAAGAAUGCCCAUGCAGUCCUGAAGCGGUUCCCUCGUGCCAAUGAGUUCCUGGAAGAGCUGCGCCAGGGCACCAUCGAGAGAGAGUGCAUGGAGGAGAUCUGUAGCUACGAGGAAGUCAAAGAGGUGUUUGAGAACAAAGAGAAAACGAUGGAGUUCUGGAAGGGGUACCCGAAUGCGGUCUACUCCGUCCGGGAUCCCUCGCAGAACUCAGAUGCCAUGUACGUGGUGGUGCCCCUGCUGGGGGUAGUGCUGCUGAUCGUCAUUGCCUUGUUCAUCAUCUGGAGAUGCCAGCUGCAGAAGGCAACUCGCCAUCACCCCUCGUAUGCCCAGAACCGGUACCUUGCCAGCCGCACCGGGCACAGCCUGCCCCGGGUCAUGGUGUACCGGGGCACUGUGCAUAGCCAGGGGGAGUCUUCUGGGCACCGUGAGGCAGGGGGCAACUCACAGGUAGUUCUGGGACCCAGCCGGGGGGGCAGAACCACGGUCCGGCUGGAGAGUACCCUCUACCUCCCUGAGCUCUCUCUUUCCAGACUGUCCAGUGCCACCCCACCCCCCUCCUAUGAGGAGGUGACUGCGCCUCAGGAGGGCAACAGUGAGGAGGCCAGUGUCUCUUAUAGUGACCCACCCCCAAAGUAUGAAGAGAUAGUGGCGGCCAGCCCUGGUGCAGACAAGUAGAGAUGCACGUGCCCUGGCCCACGCGAAAGCCUCUUUCACGGGCCUCCUGUUUCCUUCUGAACUUCUGAAAGACUGUGCCACCACAAAACAGCCUUAGCCUCCUUGUUGCCAAAUAAUUCCCUAACCGUGGAUUUUUAGGAAGCCAGUUGGCAGACCAGGUGGGGAGGGUGGGGGUUCAGAACACGCAUGAG